AAUCUCCUAUCACAUGACCUGUAACUCCUCACUAGUCACCACCAACCUCAGGCUCUCUUCUUUAUGUCUCUCCUUAUCCCCCCCUGGUAAGCCCCAUUCUCCUCUUCAUCAUUUCCACCAAGGGCAGGGAAAGUAACUCUAUGAGCUCCAAUAGGCUAGGUGAGAUAAUUAUGAGGAAAUGGCAAAGGUUGGCAGCCAAGGAAGAGAGGAAGAGGAGCAAGGGGCACUUUGUGGUCUAUGCCAAAGGGGGGAAGAGGUAUGUUGUCCCUCUGAAGUAUUUGGACCACCCCAUCUUUCAAGUGCUGCUGGACAUGGCAGAGGAAGAGUUUGGGACUACAAGUCAUGGACCUCUCAGGGUGCCAUGUGAGGAGGAGCUAAUGGAGCACAUUGUGUCUCUGCUGAAGGCCAACACUGCUGUGGAUAUGGACAAGGCUCUGGUUUCCUUAACCUCCUGGAGGGGUGCUUCCUUUUCUUCUCUGUUUCCUCUCUGCCGACUGCCAUUGCGAACCAUAGGUGUAAUAUUGCCUUGUAGAAUUACUUACAUUUCUUGUCCUCAGAAGCUUUCAUGUAGAUUGGUUGUACUUUUCGCUGGUGAGGUUUAUUGAGCCUUCCGCUACUACAAUCUUCUAUACGUGUAAAAACUAAAUGGUUCUGUUCAUAUAGUUAUAUGCCUUGCAAGUGGAGAGCUUAGUCUCAUGCUUUUGUUUUU